AUUUAUUUUGUACGAAAGCAAUUUCGGCCUGCUUUACCCGCUUUUUAAAUAAAAGCCCUAAAGAAGAAGCCUAAAAAAGGAGAUUAAAUUAAAAAAAGAGGGGAAAAAACCUUCCCGUUCUCUACAAACCCUAAUUUUUAGAGCCUCUGGUCCGAGUUUUUUAGCAGCUCCUGAUACUCCUUCAUUCAAGGCUUCAAGGCCAGCGCUUUCGAGUUCUUUCCACUCCGUAUCGUACUCCAUUAUCUGUAAGGCAGCAGGUUUCUGGGUUCGGAGCAUUUUUCAUAGGUUUCCAAAGCUUGAGUCCUUUUUCCUGGGUUUCCAGUCAACUUAAGAACUCCUCUGCAACUCGUUACGUGAAACCCAUGCAUGGAAGUGAGAGAAAAGAGUCAAAUAGGAGCUUCUGAGACUGGAAUCAUGGCAACCAGAGAGUCAUAUGGUGUAACCCUUCAAAAGAGCUCAGUUCAACCUCCACCGCCUGUUGCACCCAACAUGAGAUUAGCUUUCAGCUCUGAUGGAGCUGCAGUUUACAAACCAGUUACAGGAAAUUCACCACCCUAUCAGGGGGAUACGAGCUCUACAAUGGUUCAGCAUGGUGGGAUUAACAUGAAUAUGGGCGAGCCCCUUAAGAGAAAGAGAGGAAGACCUAGAAAGUAUGGACCUGAUGGGACUAUGGCCCUUGCCCUAACUCCUGCUACUCCAGUUUCAGCAGGGUUUCCUGGUUCGCCUUCUUCUUCUUCUCUCAAGAAGGCCAGGGGUAGGCCACCUGGUUCAGGAAAGAAGCAGCAGCUGGCUGCAUUGGGUACUCCCUCCCCGAAUCUGAGAUCUUGCCUUUCUUGGGGAGCUGCUGGAGUUGGGUUUAUGCCACAUGUUAUCACUGUAAAAACUGGGGAGGAUGUGGCGUCAAAGAUAAUGUCAUUUUCACAGCAAGGGCCACGAGCUGUUUGUAUUCUCUCGGCUAAUGGUGCCAUUUCUAAUGUAACCCUCCGUCAAGCUGCAACAUCUGGGGGAACUGUAACCUAUGAGGGACGCUUUGAAAUACUUUCUCUGUCUGGCUCAUUUCUGCUCUCGGAGAGUGGGGGCCAACGUAGCCGUACUGGUGGAUUGAGCGUGUCAUUGGCUGGACCUGAUGGCCGUGUUCUUGGUGGUGGGGUUGCUGGACUUUUAAUGGCUGCUACUCCUGUGCAGGUGGUAGUAGGCAGUUUCAUAUCAGAUGGUCGGAAAUCCGAUUCUAAAACUCCAAAUCAGCAGGACCCAUCUUUGGCCCCAUCUAAGCUCAUGGGCGGCGCCGGCACCACUGGCAGCCCUCCCUCUAGGGGCACUCUGAGCGAGUCUUCAGGUGGUGGCCCUGGCAGCCCCCUUAACCAAAGCAACAAUAGUAACCAACCUGGUGUUCCCAAUAUGCCGUGGAAAUAAAAUGAAUAAGGUAUUUAGGGUUUUCAUUUCCUUUACUGUAAAACUGCUCUCACUAGAGACAACCUCUGUAAUGUUAAUGGUGUAAAAAAGGAGAGAUGCACCAUUGGAGACCAGCGAAAUUGUGGGUUCUUAGCCCUCUCUUUCCAGUCUCCAGGUGACGAGUGAAGACAUUUAAUUUAAAAUUUUUAGUAUGGUUUGGAGAGAGAGAAACGGUGGAGAUGUUUAGGUUGUGUUAUAAUUUAUUUAAGGUUAUUGUUCUUCUCUUGUCUCAUGUGUUUACAUUGUGAUGGAUGGAUGGUUGGGAUUUUGGUUCCUUUGAUUAGUGCAUGGGUUGGAUUUGAGAA